UCCUUUGAGUAACACAAAGCCAUCUAGUUCUAUAUAUAGAAGAAGAGACUCACUUCAAACUCCAAACCAGCAUAAAUCCUUUUUUUUCGUAAAUCUCUAAAAACUCCAACUUUGGAGAGACAAUGAAGGGUGCUUGCACAAAACCAGUGUUGUUCACUUUUGCAAUCCUUCUCUUUCUCAUUGUUGCUCAAGAAAACAGAGUCGCUGCAGUAGAGACAUGUGAUCCAACGCAGCUGAGCCCAUGUGUGGAUGCCAUACAGAGAGGGUCUACGCCGACACGUUUGUGUUGCACCAGGGUGAAGAAGCAAAAACAUUGUGUCUGCCAGUACUUGAAGAACCCUACUUUCAAAUCUUUCAUUAACUCACCAAAGGCCAGAAAGAUCGCCACUUACUGUGGUUGUCCUUAUCCCAAGUGCUAGUCUCUCUUUUCCUUGCUUUCAUGGAUUUGUUUAGCAUUUUUGGUUUUGUAUUGGUCAAUAAGUUAGACCCAUUAAUCAUGAUGGGUAUCGUGUUCGAGUUUCCUGCUUUUGAGCUUUGGUUAAUGUUUUUGUGUGCAAGUGGUUGUUGUCAAGGAAUGAACUUUCCAUGUUUCAGGUAAU